AUGUCCGAAGCAAACCCAACCGUUUGGCCGGUUUGGGCUGUGUUGCUCGCGAAGGGGCUGGAGCCGCCACCCUCCCCGCCCUGCCCUGCCCUGCCCUGCCCAGCCCAGCCCGAGCCGGCGGCCUGCUCGGCCGGAGCCCAGGGAAGCGGCCCGCCCGCCCGCCCGCCUCCGGCUGCUGCUGCUGCCGCCAGGGCGGCCCGCUCCAGCCACGGCCCGGCCGAGCCCAGCUGCUCGAGCGGCUGCGUCGGGGGGCCCGGGGGAGGAGGCCCCGCGGCGGCCGGCCCCCCCGGGCGCCCCCUCCCUCCGCGGCCUGCAGGGGGGCCCCGAGGCGGGAGGGGGGGCCAGAGACCUUCCUGGGGGGGGGCUGCCCGGGGGUGGGGGUGGGGGUGUGAUGUGCUGAUUAUGUACGGGAGAGAUGCCGGCGAGUGGUGUCAGUAUCUCCAGAGCCUCUUCCAUUCCUGCCAGGACCUCCAGAGCUACCUGGUGGAGAGCGGGACUCCGGUCCCCCCGGAAAAGGUGGAGCUCUGCCGGAGCAGCCGGUGCAUCGUGGUUCUGCUCUCCUGCGAGCUGGUGCAGGCCUUCCGGACCCCGGCCGUCCUCCAGAGCCUGCAGGAGGUUCUCCAGCCGCCUCAUAAAGUCGUGAAGCUGUUCUGUGGCGCGGCAGAAUGCGAGGAUUACCAAGAGUUCUUCCAAGACUGGUCCCAGUGGAAACAGCUGACGUACGACGAUGACCCCGAGUCCUACAUUGUAGCUGUCAUGAAGGCAAUUUCAGAAGGAGAUUCUGGUUGUGAUUCGGUGACUGAUGCAGAAGCGGAGGAUGUCAGAGAGCGACGCAACUCCUUCAGCGUGUCAGCGAGGCGGCAUCAGGGGACACCAGGGGCCAAAGCAGGAAACCUCACUGCAGUGGAGCCUCAUCGCAUACGCUGUGGGGUGCAGACAACCAUGUACAUAAUCCUAAAAUGCAAGCUGGAUAACCAAGUGAAAAUGGAAGUGGAAUUUUCUCCUGCAAAUUGUCAGUCUGUGCGAGUCCUUUCCAAGAUGGAGAAUGAGUAUACAGUCUCCGUUUGUACCCCUGACUUGCCACCUGGCCCAGUAGGUCUGCGGUUGUAUGCUGGGGAUUUAAUUGUAGCCGAAGCGGACGUUCUCUAUUACACUGACAUGGAAGAAAUCAGCCACUUGCUGGCUUCUGCGGCAAAUCCUGUGGAAUUUAUGUGCCAGGCAUUUAAAAUAGUUCCUUACAACACAGAAGCUCUGGACAAGAUCCUGACGGAGACACUGAAGAAAAACCUUCCCACCAGCGGUUUGCACCUCCUAGGGAUCAACCAGCUGGAGGAAGACGACCUGAGCACAAGUCAGAGGGAUGAAGAGCUGCCCACUCUCUUGCACUUUGCUGCAAAAUACGGGUUGAAGAACCUCACAGCCCUGCUGCUCUCCUGCCCAGGAGCCUUGCAGGCGUACAGCGUGGCCAACAAGAACGGCCACUACCCCAACAGCAUUGCAGAGAAACAGGGCUUCAGAGACCUUCGGCAGUUCAUUGAUGAAUAUGUGGAGACAGCAGACAUGUUGAAGAGCCACAUAAAGGAGCAGUUGAUGGAGGGGACAGAAGACAACUCGGCUUACGAGUCCAUGGCCCACCGCUCCACUGACCUGCUGAUGAAAUGUUCUUUGAAUCCUGGCUGUGAUGAGGAACUCUAUGAAUCCAUGGCUGGCUUGGUCCCUGGGGCCUCAGAAGACUUGUAUGUAGAAAUGCUUCAGUCAGAUGCCAGCAACCCCCGGACGACAAAGGACUACAUGAUGCGCAGAUUCUUAGAAGGGGUAAGUGUGGCUGAGCCAGAAUGCAAAAGCGAUAUAUACGACCUGUGUGAAGAUGAAGAAGUGUAUCACACUGUCGAGCAGGACAGCUUUCCUUCUGAGCUGAUCAACAGACCCCCAGUUCCCGUGCCGAGACCUGACCCCACCAGGCAGGAGGACAAAGAAUCCUACAUUUAUAAAGUAUUUGCAGGAAAAGACAGAGAGAGGCCUGGGAAUCUCUACGUGUCUUCAGAGAACCUUAGGAAAGCUCCGAGGGCUCCUUUCCAGUCCAGCGUCUACGAUCCCUUUGCUGGGAUGAAGACCCCCGGGCAGAGGCAGCUGAUCACUCUGCAGGAGCAAGUGAAGCUGGGGGUGUUGACUGUGGACGAGGCCGUCCUGCACUUCAAAGAGUGGCAGCUGAAUCAGAAGAGGAGGUCGGACUCCUUUCGUUUUCAGCAGGAAAACUUGAAAAAACUGCGAGACAGCGUCACACGGCGGCAGCUUGAGAAGCAAAAGACAGGCAAGCAUUCAGACUUGGAAAUCACGGUGCCUCUGGGACAUUUCCAGAAGACUUCCAGGAAACCAGAAUGUGGCGUAUAUGAAUUCGGCCCCCAGAAAAGUAUCUUCCCACUGAGUAAAGAGAUAAAGCGAGGGGGCUGGAAAACAGAGAGCUCAUCUAGCUCUGCAAGUAGUUCAAGUAACCGAUCUAGUACUCGAAGUAUACUAAGUGUGAGCAGUGGGAUGGAUGGAGACAAUGAGGAUAAUGAGAUGCCAGAAGUGAAGAGAAAUUUCAGCCCCAGGACGCAUCAAGGGGACCAGCACCACUUCGGGACAUCCGGAAGAACUCCGAGAGUACCUCCUCGUGUUGCUAGCAGGCCAUCGAGCAACGACAGCGUUCACCCGCCACCAGUGCCCCCAAGAGGUCGGUGA